AUGGCCUUUGGGUUGUCCACUGUUUCACUGAAUUCCCUCUGUUCGUUUUCGGCCCCGAAGUAUGCGGUCAUCCGGGACUCUCGUCUUGGAUGCCUACACUAUAGCUUCAUGUUCCUGAUCUUCUUUUACGUUAUCAUCUACCAGGUUAUCUACAAGUGCGGCUACCUGGAGAUGCCCGACGUGGGCAUCAGCAUGGUGAGUUCGCUCCGUUUCCCGGAUGUCACGAUAGAGUCCCGAAAAGUGCGGUACUGCUCCCUAGGCGAUUCCUGCACAGGAAAAGCAGAAGAAAAGUGUCCAUGCCGGCGGUUUCGACCAGAAGAAGUGUUGCGCCAAAACCAAGAUACCAUCAAUCUUGUCACAUCCUUGGCUUACAUCGACGAUUCAGGUGACGUUGCCAGAGUGGAGUAUGUACCGGAUGUGGAGAACUACGAGUUGCUCCUGGAGCCAACUGUGUUUCAAAAGCAUCACGUGCCGGGCAUGGUGAACGAGGUUGUACAAGGCUACCGAAUUCAAGGACGACUCUUCGUGGGAUCACGUGGUGAAGCGCCCAAUCAGAUUCAUCACCAGCUUUGCAAGGAGAAGUCUAAGGUGAAAGAUGGCGCGUGGGCUCAUCCAGAAGGCCAAAAUACUAGCCAGGCACCCUGCUACAUUUCAUCCGAUGGGAAUGUGCUUGGCAAUGAUGUGUUCAAGGUGUCGACAUUGCUUGGGUCGAUGGGCAUAUCUUUAGAUGACAUGCGUGGUGUCGCUGUGUACACAGGCGAGAACAGGACUUUGCGCAGAAGUGGCUUCACUGCUCUCCUGUCUCUUGAGGUCCGGAACUACGCGUACUGGCGAGGGCUCAUCGACACGUAUUACGUCAUGGAUUUCGAGAUGGCUGGACGGAACAAGCACCAUUUCUCCCAGUACGCGACGGUGAAACGUGGAGACCGUGUCGAGCUUGCGCAUGAAUACGGCAUCAACGUCGUCAUCGCACCCAGCGGCACUAUUGCAUCAUUGAGUCGGCAAAGCUUCCUCAAUGUCAUGACGAAUAGUCUGGGCUUACUGACCGUCGCGACCAUGGUGGUGAAGAUCUUGGCUUCUUAUUGCUGCGGUAGCCUGUCGAAAGUCUACGAGAAGGUCAUGAAAAGCACGACGGCGGAUGUCAUUUACUUGAAGGACCAGAUAUCCCGUCUUGAGCACGAAAAGGCCAAGCACAAGGACGAGGAGACCCGGUCCCCUCGCAAAGAGUUCCAAAAUCACUUCAAAUAUGAAGCCGAAGACGAUGUGGAGCUGAUCUUGAAGAUGGGCCGAAUCCAGGAAAAGGAUUCGCAGCAAAGUGCUCCUGUAUCACCCGGAUCUGAGAAGGAGGAUGACCGGGACGCUGAAGCACGCUGCUGCGAGCCCUUGCUGCUCCCAUGCCAGAAGAGACAUGUAGCUCAUGAAGGACAUGUAGCUCAUGAAGGACCAUGA